UCCAAAUAGAAAAUGGGUCACUCAUGAUAACUAUGCUGAAUGUGUCAGAUUCAGGUUUUUACCAAUGUGUUGCAGAAAACAAGUAUCAGACAAUUUAUGCUAAUGCUGAAUUGAGAGUUAGAGCCUCAGCCCCUGAUUUCUCCAAAAAUCCCAUGCAAAAGAUCUCUGUUGUUCAAGUUGGUGGAGAUGUUGUCAUUGGAUGUAAACCAAAGGCUUCUCCCAGAGCAAUGAUUUCUUGGAAAAAAGGUCCAGAGAUGAUCAGACAAAGCAAAAGGUUCUUUAUCUUAGAGGAUGGCAGUCUCAAGAUAUAUAAUGUAACCAAGUUGGAUGCAGGCACAUAUACUUGCAUAGCCAUGAAUCAAUUUGGCAUUGCCAAGACUUCAGGCAACCUAGUCAUAAAAGAGAGGACCGUAAUUACUGUUCCACCACCUCAAAUGGAUGUUACUGUUGGUGAGAGUAUAGUCCUACCUUGUCAGGUGUUCCAUGAUCCCUCUAUUGAGGUUGUAUUCACGUGGUAUCUCAAUGGGAAUGUUAUUGACUUCCAAAGAGGAGUGCCUCACUUUGAAAGAAUUGGAGGAGAAUCUGUUGGGGAUUUGAUGAUAAGAGAGAUUCAAUUGAAUCACUCUGGAAAAUAUGUAUGCAUGGUAGAAACAACUCUAGAUAACCUAUCUGCAAUGGCAGAUAUCAUUGUUAGAGGUCCUCCAGGUCCACCAAGUAAUGUAACAAUAGAGAACAUUUCAAGCACCACUUCUCAGCUCUGCUGGAGACCAGGCAUUGAUAAUAAUAGUCCUAUUCAAAUCUAUACUAUACAGACCCGUACACCUUUUUCUGUAGGCUGGUUGGCUGUUUCUACAAUUCCUGAAAUACUGAGUGGGAAGAUGCACACUGCAACAGUGGUAGGUUUGAACCCAUGGGUAGAAUAUGAAUUCCGUGUUGUUGCUGGAAAUAGCAUUGGAAUUGGGGAACCAAGUCAGCCGUCCAAAUUGUUGAGAACCAAAGCAGCAGUCCCUGUUGUGGCACCAGCAACCAUUGGUGGAGGUGGAGGAAGUCGUUCUGAACUUGUCAUUACAUGGGAGUCAAUCCCAGAAGAACUGCAGAAUGGAGAAGGAUUUGGAUACAUCAUCAUGUUUAGGCCAGUUGGCUCACUAAUAUGGACUAAAGCAUCAGUGUUUUCUGUGGAAGCCUCAAAGUAUGUGUACAGAAAUGAGAGUCUUACACCUCUCUCCCCUUUUGAAGUAAAAGUAGGGGUCUAUAAUAAUGAAGGUGAAGGCACAUUGAGUCCAGCAACCAUUGUUUAUUCAGGAGAAGAUGAGCCUCAACUUGCCCCAACUGGAGCUUCUGUACAAAGCUUUUCAGCCUCUGAAGUGGACAUUUCUUGGAAUUCCAUUGCUUGGAACAGAAGCACAGGACGGGUACUAGGUUAUGAGGUCUUAUAUUGGACAGAGGAUUCAAAGGAAACAAGUUCUGGUAAAAUCAGAGUCAGUGGAAAUAUAACAACAAAAAGCAUCACGGGACUAAAAGCCAACACACUAUACUUUGCAACAGUGAGAGCCUAUAAUACUGCAGGAACUGGGCCUUCAAGUGAUCCAGUGAAUGUCACUACUAAAAAAUCACCUCCAAGCCAAGCACCAUCUAACAUAGCCUGGAAACUGAAAAACUCAAAAUUAUGUUUGAAUUGGGAACAUGUUAAAACCAUGGAAAACGAGUCUGAUGUAUUGGGAUAUAAAAUCUUAUACAGACAAAACAGACAAAGUAAAACACACAUUUUGGAAACAAAUAACACUUCUGCUGAGAUUCUUGUUCCCUUUGGAGAAGAUUACAUAAUUGAAAUAAGAACAGUCAGUGAUGGUGGAGAUGGUAGCAGCAGUGAAAAAAUUAGGAUCCCUAAAAUAUCAAGCUUAAGUUCUGGAGGAAUGCAUAUUUCAGAACCUAGAGUCAAUUUCCUGUCAGCUGUCAUUGUGAUUUUGGAUUGUUUUACAGCUGUGUCACUUCAAUGAUAAAUGAAACCAUAAACCAUCUUGGACUUCUGAAAGCAAAGUGUUCCAUAUACACAAUUGGCUACACUUCAGUUGUCACAGUAAACAUUUUUGAUAAAGACUUUCUUGGAAUGAAAUGAAUUGGACAUCGUUCAUACUGUGUAAAUAUCUCUGAUGCACUGAUAUAGUGAUUUUAAGCAACUUUGAAUGUGGAAAUACCUAUGUGAAUGAAGCUUUUGAAUGAUGCUGAAAUUGUGCUAUGUCAUUAUAACUACAGUAACUUUUAAAACAGUUUUAAGAGUGUUUAUAAAUCUCUACAAGUAGGCUGGGAUGAUCCCAAUUGGGAUGAUGGUCAUGAUAAAUGAGAUAGAAUUGCUUGUAAAAACAGUAACUGAGAUGUGGAUUUUUAUUUGCCUCCUUCCUUUUGCUUUAAUAUGAUAUUCUCACUAUGCUUGGAAAGGAA